AUGACCCAGUGGUGGGGCCCCCAGAGGCUCACAGGCGGGCAACCACAACAGGGCGACGAGGACAGCACCCAGGCAAGUGUCUCCGUUUACACUGACAGCAACACCACCAGAGGCCCCUUCGACGGUCCCAACUUCCACGUCAGUCCAAGGUGGGUGUACCACCUCACCAGCGUCUGGAUGAUCUUCGUGGUCAUCACGUCCUUCUUCACCAACGGGCUCGUGCUGGUGGCCACCCUGAAGUUCAAGAAGCUGCGCCACCCUUUGAACUGGAUCCUGGUGAACUUGGCCGUGGCUGACCUGGUGGAGACCGCCAUCGCCAGCACCAUCAGUGUUGUGAAUCAGAUCUACGGCUACUUCAUCCUGGGCCACCCUCUGUGUGUCGUGGAGGGUUACACGGUCUCCCUCUGCGGGAUCACGGGUCUCUGGUCCCUGGCCAUCAUUUCCUGGGAGAGAUGGCUGGUGAUCUGCAAGCCUUUUGGCAACAUGAGGUUUGACGCCAAGCUGGCCCUCAUGGGCAUCGCCUUCUCCUGGGUCUGGGCAGCUGUCUGGACGGCCCCUCCCAUCUUUGGCUGGAGCAGGUACUGGCCCCACGGCCUGAAGACCUCGUGUGGCCCGGACGUGUUCAGCGGCGACUCGUACCCCGGCGUGCAGUCUUACAUGCUUGUCCUCCUGGUCACGUGCUGCGUCACCCCCCUCAGCAUCAUCGUGCUCUGCUACCUCCGAGUGUGGCUGGCCAUUCGAGCGGUGGCGAAGCAGCAGAAAGAAUCCGAGUCGACCCAGAAGGCUGAGAAGGAGGUGACGCGGAUGGUGCUGGUGAUGAUUCUCGCCUUCUGCCUCUGCUGGGGACCCUACACCUUCUUUGCCUGCUUCGCCACUGCCCACCCUGGCUACGCCUUCCACCCCCUGGUGGCAGCCCUGCCGGCCUACUUUGCCAAAAGUGCCACCAUCUACAACCCCAUUAUCUAUGUCUUUAUGAACCGACAGUUUCGGAACUGCAUCUUGCAGUUGUUUGGGAAGAAGGUGGACGACAGCUCUGAACUCUCCAGCGCCUCCAAAACGGAGGCCUCUUCUGUGUGUUCGGUGGCACCAGCAUGA